AAAUUAACUUUUUUAAACAAUUAAGAAUAAUUUAAAUUAAAUAAACAUGUUUGAAUUACAAAAUCAAUGUCUUAGAAGCAAUUGAUAGCUACAAAGCAAGAAGCAGAUGGAGCUUGCUGGCUAAGCUCCUUGAACUCUUAUCUCCAAUGGGCUACACCAGACAAGAAGAAAUGUACAAGUACAAGACACCAGCAAGACAUUGGAAGAACCGUAGGAACUUUUCUGAAGUAUUUAGAAUGUCCUAAUAUAAACAUCAUAUAUAAGGAAAAAACACACCUAUAAACAAACAGUCUUCUUUUUAUCCUUUGUAUCUUUCAAUGGAACUCAUUAUUACUUUCACAGAAAUUCAUAUCCAGUUGAUUUCUGAGGUUUUCUUACCCUUUCAAACUCGAAUCAGCCAUGUAUUUCAAAACUUCUAAUCAGACUGGACACAGUUUCAAGGAAAUCAGUGACAGUUUAAGCUUCCAAAGUCUAUCUUCAAUGGAAUCUUCUUCCACUCCUCCUAUGAUCCAAGAAUCUCUAUCAACCAUAACGCCUUGAUUCUUUCAAAGUUCUCAAAACAGACGGUUUCUCAUCAAAGCUAAUGAUGCAACCAGAGAGAUCUGUCCACACAGAACAUGAAGCAGAUCGUUUUCUUAGCACGACACGACUUAACUUCAAUGCCUUUUCUGAAUCUUCUAUUGAAUAUAAUUCAAUUCCUUCACCAUACUCCAAGUCCUUUGACUUCAAGAUCGUUAUAUCAAAUCAAAGACGUUUCAAAUGGUGUUCUUACAUUUCAGCUUUGCUGCUACUGCUAAUCAUGGCACUUACACUUCUCCUUCAGUUUUUGCCUCACAAACAUAAUCUUCACGAAGCAUCAAACAAUUACACAGUUGCAGUAAAUCAAGCACUAAAGUUUUUUGAUGCUCAAAAAUGUAGAAAUCCUCCUUAACUAAAAAUGUUAUGAUGAACUUUUCAUGCCCGACUGAUAAAAAGCUUUUCUCAGCUGGUAGGUACCCGAAAAGUAGUCCAGUCAAGUUUCGGGGAGAUUCAGGCUUGGAAGAUGGGGUUUCAAGCAAUAAACCAGAUGGUCUCAUUGGUGGUUUCUAUGAUUCUGGAAACAACAUUAAGUUCACUUUCCCUACAGCUUAUACCAUUACUCUUUUAAGCUGGAGUGUGAUUGAGUAUCAUCCGAAGUAUGCAGACAUGAAUGAGCUUGAUCAUGUAAAGGACAUCAUCAGAUGGGGAACUGAAUAUUUGCUCAAAAUUUUUGUAGCCCCAAAUGCAACUUCUGAUCAAACCAUAAUAUAUUCUCAGGUUGGCAGUUCCAGUAAUGAUAGUAACGCUCAAACCAAUGACAACUGCUGGCAAAGACCAGAAGACAUGAUGUACCCCAGACCCAUUUCAACAUGUGAUGCCCGGGCUUCGGAUCUUGCUGGAGAAAUCGUUGCAGCAUUAUCAGCUUCAUCAUUAGUAUUCAGAGAAGAUACCAACUAUUCAAGAGAAUUAGCAAAAGCUGCAGAAAAAUUGUUUCAGCAAGUGACUAAAUUAGACCCAAUUGAGCAAGGAACUUACAGCUCAGUUGAUUCUUGUGGAGGAGAAGCAAGAAAGUUCUACAACUCAUCAAGUUACACGGAUGAAUUGAUAUGGGCAGGAACUUGGCUGUUCUUUGCAACUGGAAACACUUCAUAUCUUUCAUAUGCCACUGAUGCUGUCCGAUUUCAGUUAGCACAGAGUGAGGAAGCAAGUAUUGGCAGAGGAAUUUUCAAUUGGAACAAUAAGUUCAGUGCAACCGCGGUAUUAUUGACACGCCUUCUCUACUUUCAUGAUACUGGCUAUCCAUAUGAAUAUGCCUUAGGAGUAUCAUCAAAUAUGACAGAAAUCCUCAUGUGUUCUUAUCUCAUUGAUCAACACUACGACAGGACACCUGGUGGAUUGAUCCUCCUAAGGCCUGAUGAUGGAGCACCACUCCAAUUUGCUGCAACAGCAUCAUUUCUCAGUAAAUUGUACAGUGAUUACCUUGAUCUUUUGGGAGCAUCUUACAUGAGUUGCAUUUUUGCCAAUCCUGGCUUUUCUUUGGAAAAGUUGCGGAGCUUCUCCAACUCUCAGCUCAACUACAUACUCGGGGAUAAUCCGUUGAAAAUGAGCUACGUAGUUGGCUAUGGAAACAAUUUCCCCACCCAUGUCCACCACAGAGCUGCUUCAAUUCCUUGGGAUGGUCAGUUCUAUUCAUGUGCUGAAGGAGAUAGAUGGCUGUUAUCAAAGGCUUCAAAUCCAAAUAUUCUUUCCGGAGCCAUGGUGGCUGGUCCAGACAUGUUUGACCAUUUCUCAGAUGAUAGGGAAAAACCUUGGUUUACUGAACCAAGCAUAGCAAGCAAUGCAGGUUUGGUCGCAGCACUUGUUGCUCUAAAUGAUUAUCCAGGCGACACCUCAGAUUUUAAUGGAAAGGAUUUAGGCAUAGAUAAGAUGUCAAUCUUUGAUAGAAUCCCCAAGGCUUCUACAGCUCCUUGAUAGUCCUAAGAUAUAUAUUUUUUCUCACAAGAACAGAAAUGUGAAUUCAGAAAUCUUCACUUUGUGAUAUCCCACCCCGAAAUCUUUCUUACAAGCAAGAAUCUGAAAAAAGAAAAAAAAAACUUUUUCUUCCCAACAUCCAUGCCUUUCUUAAGUAAAUAACUAUGUAAUCCCAUUAUCAAUUCUUUGCAUUUGCAUUUUUUA